UGGGAGAGCCGGGUGGGGAGGCGCGGGGCAAGCCGGGGGUUCCAGAAGAGCCGCCGCCGCCGGGCCGGGGGCAGGCAUGGCCGAGGGUGUGUGAGCACCGAGCGCGAGGGGCCGCCGCCACCAUGCCAGGGGGCGCGGGCGCCGCCCGGCUCUGCUUGCUGGCGCUCGCCCUGCAGCUCCUCCGGCCGCGGGCGGCGCAGGAGCCUGGAUGGACAAGAGGAAGUGGGGAAGGCAGCCCCCAGCUGCAGCAUGAACUAAUAAUACCUCAGUGGAAGACUUCAAAAAGCCCCGUGAGAGAAAAGCAUCCACUCAAAGCUGAGCUCAGGGUAAUGGCUGAGGGGCGAGAACUGAUCCUGGACCUGGAGAAGAAUGAGCAACUUUUUGCUCCUUCCUACACAGAAACCCACUAUACUUCAAGUGGCAACCCUCAAACCACCACGCUGAAGUCGGAGGAUCACUGUUUUUACCACGGCACGGUGAGGGAGACAGAACUGUCCAGCGUCACGCUCAGCACCUGCCGGGGAAUUAGAGGACUGAUUACGGUGAGCAGUAACCUCAGCUAUGUCAUCGAGCCCCUCCCUGAUAGUGAGGGCCAACACCUAAUUUACAGAUCUGAACAUCUCAAGCUGCCCCUGGGAAACUGUGGGAUCGAGCACUCCAAGCCCACCACCAGGGACUGGGCUCUUCAGUUUACACAACAGACCAAGAAACGACCUCGCAGGAUGAAAAGGGAAGAUUUAAACUCCAUGAAGUAUGUGGAGCUUUACCUCGUGGCUGAUUAUGCAGAGUUUCAGAAGAAUCGACGAGACCAGGACGCCACCAAACACAAGCUCAUUGAGAUCGCCAACUACGUUGAUAAGUUUUACCGAUCCUUGAACAUCCGGAUUGCUCUUGUGGGCUUGGAAGUGUGGACUCAUGGGAACAUGUGUGAAGUUUCAGAGAAUCCAUACUCUACCCUCUGGUCCUUUCUUAGUUGGAGGCGCAAGCUACUUUCCCAGAAGAACCACGACAACGCCCAGUUAAUCACGGGCAUGUCCUUCCACGGCACCACCAUCGGCCUGGCCCCCCUCAUGGCCAUGUGCUCCGUGUACCAGUCUGGAGGAGUCAACAUGGAUCACUCCGAGAAUGCCAUUGGUGUGGCUGCUACCAUGGCCCACGAGAUGGGCCACAACUUUGGCAUGAGCCAUGAUUCUGCCGAUUGCUGCUCGGCCAGUGCGGCUGACGGGGGGUGCAUCAUGGCGGCUGCCACUGGGCACCCCUUUCCCAGAGUGUUCAAUGGAUGCAACAGGAGGGAGCUGGACAGGUAUCUGCAGUCAGGCGGUGGAAUGUGUCUCUCCAACAUGCCAGACACCAGGACGCUGUACGGAGGCCGGAGGUGUGGGAACGGGUACCUGGAAGAUGGGGAGGAGUGUGACUGUGGAGAAGAAGAGGAAUGUAACAACCCCUGCUGCAAUGCCUCUAAUUGCACCCUGAGGCCAGGGGCGGAGUGUGCCCACGGUUCCUGCUGCCACCAGUGUAAGUUGCUGGCUCCUGGGACCUUGUGCCGUGAGCAGGCCCGGCAGUGUGACCUCCCGGAGUUCUGCACGGGCAAGUCUCCCCACUGCCCUACCAACUUCUACCAGAUGGAUGGUACCCCCUGUGAGGGUGGCCAGGCCUACUGCUACAAUGGCAUGUGCCUCACCUACCAGGAGCAGUGCCAGCAGCUGUGGGGACCCGGAGCCCGGCCUGCCCCUGAUCUCUGCUUCGAGAAGGUGAAUGUGGCCGGAGACACCUUUGGAAACUGUGGAAAGGACAUGAAUGGUGAACACAGGAAGUGCAACAUGAGAGAUGCAAAGUGUGGGAAGAUCCAGUGUCAGAGCUCCGAGGCGCGGCCCCUGGAGUCCAACGCGGUGCCCAUCGACACCACUAUCAUCAUGAAUGGGAGGCAGAUCCAGUGCCGGGGCACCCAUGUCUACCGAGGUCCUGAGGAGGAAAGUGACAUGCUGGACCCAGGCCUGGUGAUGACCGGAACCAAGUGCGGCUACAACCAUAUUUGUUUCGAGGGGCAGUGCAGGAACACCUCCUUCUUUGAAACCGAAGGCUGCGGGAAGAAGUGCAAUGGCCAUGGGGUCUGUAACAACAACCAGAACUGCCACUGCCUGCCGGGCUGGGCCCCACCCUUCUGCAACACACCGGGUCACGGGGGCAGCAUCGACAGUGGGCCCAUGCCUCCUGAGAGUGUGGGUCCUGUGGUGGCUGGAGUGCUGGCGGCCAUCUUCGUGCUGGUGGCCCUCCUGCUGCUGUACUACUGCUGCAGACAGAACAAGAAACUGGGCCAACUCAAGCCCUCAGCUCUCCCUUCCAAGCUGAGGCAGCAGUUCAGUUGUCCCUUUAGGGUUUCUCAGAACAGCGGGACUGGUCAUGCCAACCCAACUUUCAAGCUGCAGACGCCCCAGGGCAAGCGAAAGGUAUUCAACACCCCUGAAAUCCUGCGGAAGCCCUCCCAGCCUCCUCCGCGGCCCCCUCCAGAUUAUCUGCGUGGUGGGUCCCCACCUGCACUACUGCCAGCACACCUGAGCAGAGCUGCUAGGAACUCCCCAGGGCCUGCAUCUCAAAUAGAGAGGACGGAGCCAUCCAGGAGGCCUCCCCCGAGCCGGCCAGUUCCCCCUGCACCCAGUUGCAUUCUUUCCCAGGACUUCUCCAGGCCUCGACCACCCCAGAAGGCGCUCCCAGCCAACCCCGUGCCAGGCCGCAAGGCCCUCCCCAGGCCAGGGGGUGCAUCCACGCCGUGGCCCCCUGGUGCUAGCCCUCGGCAGUCCCAGCCUGUGGCAGCACCUGCCCCAAAGUUUCCAGAAUACAGAUCACAGAGGGCUGGAGGGAUGAUGAACUCGAAAAUCUAGACCUGUCCAAGGGGCUCCUCCCUUUUCUUGAGCUCCCUGGACACUGCAGAGGACCCGUGGCCAUGGAAUCCGGAAGAAGCAUGUCUGGCUGCCUCUGAGCUCCCCCCACCCUCUUCCGGGAACCUCCACAUCUCCAAAAACCUUGUUGACUCAGUGCCUCAUCGGCUUCCCUGGAAGCCCAGAGGGACUAUGAUCCAAUGGCUUCUACGUGUUGUUUUGUGCAAUAUACAGCCCCAGGUAGGGAGGGGAGACCAGGAGGAGGGUGAAUGGCAGUUUCUCCUCCAGACUCCCAGCCCUGAGGUGCUGAUGGAGACAGUCAAGGCUGGCAAGCCCACUGGGAAAAGUCCUGCCCAGCUCCUCAGGCCAACCCUCUGCCUGUAGAAGCAUCCAUCCACUCCAGGGGUGCAGGGCGUGCACCAGGGCUUCCCAGUGCUUUUGCCCUCCUCAGAGGUCCUGGGCUGGACAGAGGCUGGCAUUCACUCCUUUUAGCUUUUAGGGGUUAAGGAAGGGUCAAGCCAGCCGCUGCUGUGGCUCUGCCCAGGGCUCAGUUGAGGGAAUGGCUUCUGGCUAUAUGGCUGCAUGUGACAAGCCAAGUCCCCUCCCACCUCUCCCCAAACCCCUGCGUCCCCGUAUUCACACGGGUCACUCUGAUUCAGACAGGUACUAUUCAUAGGCAGUGUAGACAGCCAGAGGCGCACCAGGCUUGGGCUUCCUCUGAGCUGUGAUGCCAAAGGUUGCGACUCCCGACUCUGGAGAAUUUUUGCCCUGUGUUUUCUCCACCGCGCUUGCUGGUGCCCCAUGCUUCUCUCCCGUCCCCUCUCAUUCCUGCUCUAAGGCGUGCUGCUUUGGUGAGCGAACCCUCAGCAGUCCUGACCUUCUGGUGACCAGGUGCUGGUGACCUACAAGUCAGAGUCCUCUCUCACAGUCAGCCACUGGAUUUCAGUAUUGGCUCUCAGGAGUGUGACCAGAGUAAACUCGGGACCUGGCCACUGGGGUCAUAUCGUUAUUAUUCAUUAUGUUUUGUGACCUCAGCACAGUGAGGAACUUCCUCCUUACUCUCUGAGCUCAGUCUAGGCGAGGUCCCCCUUAGGAAGCCCGGCUAUUUACAAAGUACAUGAGGGAGCCAGUCUGCGUAGUGGCUGCUUACUGACCUCGAGCAGGACUGUUGCCCUCUGAGCAGAGGCAGACCCGUGUCUGACCAAGGGAGCUACCCGAGAUCGCUGGAGAAGGCAGCCAGCAACAGCCAGCACGGUCAGAGCUGGGGAGUGUCUUCCCCGACCCAGCCUUUUGUCAUUCGCUUCCUUUUGUUCUCUCUCUGCUCACUGCCCUUAUCUGACCCUCUGAGGGGCUCGGGGUGGCUCCUGUCCUCCCUGCAGCAGGGAAGGAGGGCCGUGUGGUGCUUUGCUAGCUUCACAAAGCACCUGGAGAUGUUUUCUGGGAGACUGACUCCCACCCCCACAAAGGUGCUGGGUGGCUCUCCGGAUAGGAGCUGGCCUGACUGUCCUCCUCCGAGGCUUUCCUGGGGCCUCCUCCCCUCCCGCAAUGAGCAGUUGUUUGCUCUUGAAAACCUCACUGCAAGGCUGUGGCUGAGCUUCUGGUUCACCACCCCAGGGCCUCCUUACAGUUCUCUACACACGAUAGGUGCUUCAUGGACGUGGACAUUGUUGGGUUUGGAAGUAAGUGGAAAGUGUGGGAUGUCCCCCUGGGGAAAAGCCUGUGGUGGGUUUAGAAAGAUCUCAGGAACAUGAGUUUCUCUUCCCUCAGGGUGGCUAUGAUAUAGGUUCCCCGUCUCUCUGCUGUGGAUCAUCCUUGCUCCGGAGAUCCAUUCCCCAUCUUUCCUGUGGCCCAAUUAAGUCAGGAAACUACCUUUUAUUUAAAUGUGUCACCCUCUUCCUCAAGGCUUGGUUCCAGAAAAGUAAAGGUGAAAAUAUCCCCUCCAGCCCCCACUGCCAAACAAAACAUCCCCAAAACCCAACCCCAUGCCUCACAUGUUCCUGUGGCUUCUCCAGCCUUUCUCCCUCCCAUCAGGAGGCAGAUGGCUCUGAAGCGACAGCACCACAGCCACAGUGACAGCACGAGCCGUCUGAACUGCAGUGCGUCCUCCCUGGAACCACAGCAGAAGGAGACCUGGGUUGCUGUUUUCUUGCUGUUUGUUUAGUUUUAUGUCAGUAUCACCUCCAUCCCAUCAAACUGUACUGUCAACUGGAAGAUGGUGAAAUGUUUUGGCAUUUGAUGGAGACUUUCGUCAACCAGUUCUGCUGAUGCUUUGCUCCUGGCUCUGUUCAGGGAGGCUGCCCACGAGGAAGACUGGCCAUUAUGCAUCCCCUUUUCUCUCCACUGCCCAGUGUGCUGUUUUGAGGUGUCAAAUACAAAUAAAUCUGGGCUUAGGGAAGGCGAGACCUUAUUCCAAAGCAUGAUUGCAGAAGAGGGAAGGGAAUACUGUAAAAGGGAGAGGAAGGGGCCUAUGGGAGUAGUGAGAAGGCUCAGACCUACCGACAGCAGAUCUGCAGGCAUCUCAAAGCCCAGGCAGAAAAGGCCUCUUCUUUUAUUGGAAAAAGUAAACAUGGCUAGAAAGAGCUGCGUUCAGGGAAUCACUGUGUGCCCAGCCGUUUAUUUUUUCAGGGGAGGGGCUGUUUGCUGGCUCAGGCUGAGGGCCUGGUGGGGAGGAGGGAAGCUUAACUCCAGUUCGGCUUAGUGAGUUAGCAAGCUCUUCGUGCAGAUGGAGAUGUAGGUAAAUCUCUUUAAAAACAAAAUUAACCUGCCAAUCUUACAACCCAAUCAUUCCGUUAAGGGCCUUAGAGCCAUCUCUAAAACAAACCUCAGGAGGUUUCGUGCCCUGCCUCCCUGUCCUUGUGGAAGCUUUAGCCUGGGUGCCUGGCCCUGUCUUGUCUGCCAGCCACAGGUUCCUUUCAGCCGUGCUGACUUCUCCCUAUAAAAGUAAAGCCCUUUUCUGCCCCAACUCUUAAGAUACUUGCAGAUCUCAAGGUCUGAGACUUGCCAAUUUUCUGGUUGAGUAUUCUUUGUAUUGCUAUGUCCCUUCCCUCUGAAGCAGUAGCCCCUCACCACCUCCUGCAAUAACCCUUUUGAAUAACGUCUCCCCCGCCUACUUCCUCAUUCGUUCUUGACAGAGGGUAUGGACGACUUGCGUUUUGAAAAUCGGGGACCAGUUCCAAAGUCAGUGUUUAUGUUAAUCAUGUGUAGAACAGCCCUGCUGGACACCCAAGAAAGCCACGGGAAUGCCAACUGGAAAGGUCCCCUUCCCAUGGGAAGCCUGCUAAGGAGAGGUUCCGCAGAAUCCAAACCCACAUUUCCCAAGUCACACCCCAACACCCCGCGUGUCCUCUCACACCGUCCACUGUGCGUUUGUAUGUGUCUGGGAUCCAGGGCAAUGUGAAUUUUCUUUUUAUUUGGGAGAUUGUUCACAGGAAACAGAUCUUCUGCCUUGUCCACCUAUUAAUUGUUUACAAUAUUUGUACAUCUAUGCAAAAUACUUGAAUGGGCCAUGGUGCCUUUUUUCCUUGUUUGUAUUUAAUUAAAAGGAAUUGUUUGUCAUUUGCAAUGUUA